AUGGUGAAGGGAAUGGGCAGGCUUGUGGAUCUGGUUUCCAGAGCUGGAUCCAAGGUGGUCGUCACCAUGGGGCACUCAGCUAAGGUAAGAGGUGAUGACCUAAUAGUUUGUGUGUGUGUUAGUGAUUUCUGUGUUAGUUUGUCAGAGUGUGUCAAAUUAAUUCAUAUCAAUAUGAAUUAAAUCCUUCUUUCCCCAUUGCCAGCUGAGCCUUCAACAACACCAGGUCGCGGACAACACACCAUACUACCAAGUGACUAUUUGCUUUUGCACAAAUAGUACUGUACUAUUUUAGAUGUCUCUCUCUAGUUAUUUAUGUUUCGUGGUAUUGUGUUGUAGUGUUGCAUGACCAACUCAUCUCUCAUGCCAUCCAGUGUUGUAUUUAGCUAAAUCAAAACAGAUCCUUCUUUAAUGUUUUUCAUUUUUAAGGAUUUGUUGUUGACGGUUCAUAAAUCGCACUGAAAUGUAUUAUUUUCGCUCCAAUUCAAAUACAGUGCAUUCAGAAAGUAUUCAGACCCCUUGACUUUUUCCACUUUGUCACUUUACAGCCUUAUUCUAAAAUGGUUUAAAUUGUUUUUCCCCCCCGACCAAUUUACACACAAUUACCCAUAAUGACAAAGCGUUUGUAGAAAUGUUAGCAAAUUAAAUAUACAUUUUUAAAAACUGAAAUAUCACAUUUACAUAAAUAUUCAGACCCUUUACUCAGUACUUUGUUGAAGCACCUUUGGCAGCGAUUACAGCCUCAAGUCUUCUUGGGUAUGACGCUACAAGCUUGGCACACCUGUAUUUGGGGAGUUUCUCCCAUUCUUUGCAGAUCCUCUUAAGCUCCGUCAGGUUGGAUGGGGAGCAUCGCUGCACAGCUAUUUUCAGGUCUCUCCAGAGAUGUUCGAUCGGGUUCAAGUCCGGGCUCUGGCUGGGCCACUCAAGGACAUUCAGAGACUUGUCCUGAAGCCACUUCUGCGUUGUCUUGGCUGUGUGCUUCGGGUUGUUGUCCUAUUGUAAGGUGAACCUUCGCUCCAGUCUGAGGUCCUGAGCGCUCUGGAGCAGGUUUUCAUCAAGGAUCUCUCUGUACUUUGCUCCGUUCAGUCUCCCAGUCCCUGCCGCUGAAAAACAUCCCCACAGCAUGAUGCUGCCACCACCAUGCUUCACCGUAGGGAUGGUGCCAGGAUUCCUCCAGACGUGACGCUUGGCAUUCAGGCCACAGAGUUCAAUCUUAGUUUCAUCAGACCACAGAAUCUUGUUUCUCAUGGUCUGAGAGUCCUUUAGGUGCCUUUUGGCAAACUCCAAGGGGACUGUUAUGCGCCUUUUACUGAAGAGUGGCUUCCGUCUGGCCACAAUAAAGGCCUGAUUGGUGGAGUGCUGCAGAGAUAGUUGUCCUUCUGGAAGGUUCUCCCAUCUCCACAGAGGAACUCUAGAGCUCUGUCAGAGUGACCAUCGGGUUCUUGGUCACCUCCCUGCCAAAGGCCCUUCUCCCCCAAUUGCUCAGUUUGGCCGGGCGGCCAGCUCUAGGAAGUGGUUCCAAACUUCUCUCAUUUAAGAAUUAUGGAGGCCACUGUGUUAUUGGGGACCUUCAAUGCUGCAGACAUUUUUUGGUACCCUUCCCCAGAUCUGUGCUUUGACACAAUCCUGACUUGAACCUGUAAGGACAAUUCCUUCGACCUCAUGGCUUGGUUUUUGCUCUGACAUGCACUGUCAACUGUGGGAUCUUAUAUAGACAGCUGUGUGCAUUUACAAAUCAUGUCCAAUCAAUUGAAUUUACCACAGGUGGACUCCAAUCAAGUUGUAGAAACAUCUCAAGGAUGAUCAACGGAAACAGGAUGCACCGGAGCUCAAUUUCAAGUCUCAUAGCAAAGGGUCUGAAUACUUAUGUAAAUAAGAUAUUUUUAUUAUCAUUUAUUUUAUACGUCUGCAAAAAUUUCUAAAAACCUGUUUUCACUUUGUCCUUAUGGGGGUAUUGUGUGUAGAUUGAUGAGGGAAAAACUAUUUAAUCCAUUUUAUAAUAAGGCUGUAACGAAACAAAAUGUGGAAAAAGUCAAGGUGUCUGAAAACUUUCCGAUAAUGUAUCUAUUAUUGUACAGUAUAAUAAUUUGUUCUAGUAAUUAUUAUUUAAUGCAAACAAUACCAGCAGUUGCGAAAUAACAAGAGAGCCAUGAUAAAGCAAGUUUUGAUCAGUCAUGGAAAUAAGUGUUGAAAACAAAUUGGCUCAAUAUUUAAAAGAUGAAGAACAAGUUAUGAAAAAUACUGGAGUUUUGGUGUAGAUACAGACUAGCGCCGAUAUGUAACUGUAUAAUAUCCGAUAUGUAACUGUAUCUAUUCCCCCCCUCCUGUACAUACCGCCCCCCCUCCUGUACAUACCGCCCCCCCCCCCCCCUCCUGUACAUCCCCCCCCCCCUCCCCUCCCCUCCUGUACAUACCGCCCCCCCCCCUCCCCUCCUGUACAUACCCCCCUCCUGUACAUACCACGUCCCCCCCCCUGUACAUACCCCCCCCCCCCCCCUGUACAUACCGCGUCCCCCCCCCCCUGUACAUACCGCCCCCCCCCCCUCCUGUACAUACCGCCCCCCCCCCUCCUGUACAUACCGCCCCCCCCCCCCCCCCUCCUGUACAUACCCAUUACAUUUACAUUUUUACAUUUUUAGUCAUUUAGCAGACGCUCUUAUCCAGAGCGACUUACAGGAGCAAUUAGGGUUAAGUGCCUUGCUCAAGGGCACAUCGACAGAUUGUUCACCUAGUCGGCUCGGGGAUUAGAACCAGCGACCUUUCGGUUACUGGCACAACGCUCUUAACCACUAAGCUACCUGCCUACCCCCCCCCCCCCCCCCCCCUUGUACAUACCCCCCCCCCCCCCCUGUACAUACCGCCCCCCCCCCCCCCCCCUUGUACAUACCGCCCCCCCCCCCUCCUGUACAUACCGCGUCCCCCCCCCCCCCUCCUGUACAUACCGCCCCCCCCCCCCCUCCUGUACAUACCGCGUCCCCCCCCCCCCUCCUAUACAUACCGCGUUGUGUCCGAAGAACUCACAGUAGCAGCAGUCACAGUACUUCCCAUCCUUCUGGUUGUUUGAUGAGGAAGCACAGGAGCUCCUCUCAGAACUAGAGUCCUCAUCCUCUCCCUCGUCCAGCUCCGACGGGGGGUGACACAACCCCCCCGCCCCGUUAGACAGCUUGUGUCCUUUACACGCCUGGUCCCUGUAGCAUGGAGACAGGAUGGGGAGAACAGGUAGCACAGACAGAUGGACAGACAGGAUGGGGACAACAGGUAGCACAGACAGAUGAACAGACAGUGGACACAGGAUGGGGACAACAGGUAGCACAGACAGAUGGACAGACAGUGGACACAGGAUGGGGACAACAGGUAGCACAGACAGAUGGACAGACAGUGACAGAGAGAAACCAUGUGAUGACAGACAGAACCACGAUCAUGUCCUAUCACUACUUGAUUUCAUCUGAAAGUAUGUCUGUGUUCCAGUAUCUCAUGCAAAUUUGAGUCCUGGCACGUUAGCGUGAAAUGCGGCUGAAAUCUACAACUGAAUUAAAACAAUGUCACUGCAUUUGGCAUACUCCCAAAAAAAUAAACAGUAAGUGCUUAUCAAUUUAACCUGCUAAAUAGUUUGGACAUUUGGAGUACUUGUAUUCGAUUAUUAGCAAUCAAAUACAAACCUUGACUUGAGUACUUGCGCCAUCCCUACUAGAUUCUAUAAUAAAACUCUCGUUUACUGCACAUUCCAUGAAACCAUCAAACUAUCUACUGAACACUACUGUAGAAACAUCAAACUAUCUACGGAACACUACUGUAGAAACAUCAAACUAUCUACGGAACACUACUGUAGAAACAUCAAACUAUCUACGGAACACUACUGUAGAACCAUCAAACUAUCUACGGAACACUACUGUAGAAACAUCAAACUAUCUACUGAACACUACUGUAGAAACAUCAAACUAUCUACCACUACUGUAGAAACAUCAAACUAUCUACGGAACACUACUGUAGAAACAUCAAACUAUCUACGGAACACUACUGUAGAAACAUCAAACUAUCAAUGGAACACUACUGUAGAAACAUCAAACUAUCUACGGAACACUACUGUAGAAACAUCAAACUAUCUACGGAACACUACUGUAGAAACAUCAAACUAUCUACGGAGCACUACUGUAGAAACAUCAAACUAUCAAUGGAACACUACUGUAGAAACAUCAAACUAGACCUGUCUCAUCACUAGAUAGACCCGUCUCAUCACUAGAUAGACCCGUCUCAUCACUAGACAGACCCGUCUCAUCACUAGACAGACCCGUCUCAUCACUAGACAGACCCGUCUCAUCACUAGACAGACCCGUCUCAUCACUAGAUAGACCCGUCUCAUCACUAGAUAGACCCGUCUCAUCACUAGAUAGACCCGUCUCAUCACUAGAUAGACCCGUCUCAUCACUAGACACCCGUCUCAUCACUAGACAGACCCGUCUCAUCACUAGACAGACCCGUCUCAUCACUAGACAGACCCGUCUCAUCACUAGACAGACCCGUCUCAUCACUAGACAGACCCGUCUCAUCACUAGACAGACCCGUCUCAUCACUAGACAGACCAGUCUCAUCACUAGACAGACCCGUCUCAUCACUAGACAGACCCGUCUCAUCACUAGACAGACCCGUCUCAUCACUAGACAGACCCGUCUCAUCACUAGACAGACCCGUCUCAUCACUAGACAGACCCGUCUCAUCACUAGAUAGACCCGUCUCAUCACUAGACAGACCCGUCUCAUCACUAGACAGACCCGUCUCAUCACUAGACGACCCGUCUCAUCACUAGAUAGACCCGUCUCAUCACUAGAUAGACCCGUCUCAUCACUAGAUAGACCCGUCUCAUCACUAGAUAGACCCGUCUCAUCACUAGAUAGACCCGUCUCAUCACAGAUAUACCGUCUCAUCACUAGACAGACCCGUCUCAUCACUAGACAGACCCGUCUCAUCACUAGACAGACCCGUCUCAUCACUAGACAGACCCGUCUCAUCACUAGACAGACCCGUCUCAUCACUAGACAGACCCGUCUCAUCACUAGACAGACCCGUCUCAUCACUAGACAGACCCGUCUCAUCACUAGACAGACCCGUCUCAUCACUAGACAGACCCGUCUCAUCACUAGACAGACCCGUCUCAUCAUCACUAGACAGACCCGUCAUCAUAACGACCUUCAUCACUAGACAGACCCGUCUCAUCACUAGACUAGACCCGUCUCAUCACUAGACAGACCCGUCUCAUCACUAGACAGACCCGUCUCAUCACUAGAUAGACCCGUCUCAUCACUAGACAGACCCGUCUCAUCACUAGAUAGACCCGUCUCAUCACUAGAUAGACCCGUCUCAUCACUAGAUAGACCCGUCUUCACUAAAACCUCCAUCACUAGAAGACCCGUCUCAUCACUAGAUAGACCCGUCUCAUCACUAGAUAGACCGUCUCACAUCACUAGAUAGACCCGUCUCAUCACUAGAUAGACCGUCUCAUCACUAGAUAGACCUCGUCUCAUCACUAGAUAGACCCGUCUCAUCACUAGAAGACCCGUCUCAUCACUAGAAGACCCGUCUCAUCACUAGAUAGACCCGUCUCAUCACUAGACAGACCCGUCUCAUCACUAGAAGACCCGUCUCAUCACUAGAUAGACCCGUCUCAUCACUAGAAGACCCGUCUCAUCACUAGAUAGACCCGUCUCAUCACUAGAUAGACCCGUCUCAUCACUAGAUAGACCCGUCUCAUCACUAGAUAGACCCGUCUCAUCACUAGAUAGACCCGUCUCAUCACUAGAUAGACCGUCUCAUCACUAGAUAGACCCGUCUCAUCACUAGAUAGACCCGUCUCAUCACUAGAUAGACCGUCUCAUCACUAGAUAGACCCGUCUCAUCACUAGAUAGACCCGUCUCAUCACUAGAUAGACCCGUCUCAUCACUAGAUAGACCCGUCUCAUCACUAGAUAGACCCGUCUCAUCACUAGAUAGACCCGUCUCAUCACUAGAUAGACCCGUCUCAUCACUAGAUAGACCCGUCUCAAUCACAUAGAUAGACCCGUCUCAUCACUAGAUAGACCCGUCUCAUCACUAGAUAGACCCGUCUCAUCACUAGAUAGACCCGUCUCAUCACUAGAUAGACCCGUCUCAUCACUAGAUAGACCCGUCUCAUCACUAGAUAGACCCGUCUCAUCACUAGAUAGACCCGUCUCAUCACUAGAUAGACCCGUCUCAUCACUAGAUAGACCCGUCUCAUCACUAGAUAGACCCGUCUCAUCACUAGAUAAACCCGUCUCAUCACUAGAUAGACCCGUCUCAUCACUAGAUAGACCCGUCUCAUCACUAGAUAGACCCGUCUCAUCACUAGAUAGACCCGUCUCAUCACUAGAUAGACCCGUCUCAUCACUAGAUAGACCCGUCUCAUCACUAGAUAGACCCGUCUCAUCACUAGACAGACCCGUCUCAUCACUAGAUAGACCCGUCUCAUCACUAGAUAGACCCGUCUCAUCACUAGACAGACCCGUCUCAUCACUAGAUAGACCCGUCUCAUCACUAGAUAGACCCGUCUCAUCACUAGAUAGACCCGUCUCAUCACUAGAUAGACCCGUCUCAUCACUAGAUAGACCCGUCUCAUCACUAGAUAGACCUGUCUCAUCACUAGAUAGACCCGUCUCAUCACUAGAUAGACCUGUCUCAUCACUAGAUAGACCUGUCUCAUCACUACAUGUUAUGAACCUACAUUGUUCUUCUCCAUCAGAUUCCUGUGAAACUAUCUACCAAACUACCAACCUGCAGGCGCCAGCGGUCAGGUGUUGCCCAGCGCUCAGGUGUUGCCCAGCGGUCAGGUGUUGCCCAGCGGUCAGGUGUUGCCCAGCGGUCAGGUGUUGCCCAGCGGUCAGGUGUCCCACGUUGGAAGAGGGCAGUGCCCCCCCACUGUGGCCGUUGCAGGGGUGAUUACAGCCCAUCAGGGAGGGGCCCAGUUUGCUGUGCUGACCGUUCACAGGAGGAAUGUGUGAGUUCUUACAUGCCAAGGGCUUAUGGAGGGCCCCUGUUGGGCAUUCAGGGCCACCCAGGGUCCCCAGCUUGGCCCCUGCCGGGGGGCCGUGGAGGUUUGGUACCAGCGGGGAGAAGGGAGCGGGAGCAGCUAGACUGGGAGAGGAGGAGGAUGAGGAGACAUGGCCGUGCUGCUGCCCUCCUGAGCUCUGCUUGA